AACGAUGGUCUGUCAGAUAUCAACUCUCAAAGUGUCAUCUUAGGUAAACAAGUCAAAUUUAAAUAUUUUUAAAUCCUAAAUUUUUGACACUAUAAAUAUGCGUGUCUAUAUAAAUAAAAUUAAGCAUCUUUAAGUUUUGUCCAGUAUAUUUUACAAGACUUGGCGAAGCGAAAUUCCCAAGAGAUCAUCGUUCUUUACAUAUAAAAAGUAACCUUAAAUCCCUUACAGCUCCAUUAUUAUACUUUCACAUUCUGCGAUGUCUUCAAAUGUAUAUUCGUGCCCACUUGAUCCAGAAACUCUUCAAAGCCUCAAGAUAUAUUUGUUCAAAGACGUGAAGAAUGUAGAAGAUAUAAGAAAUAAUGUUAUAAAAGGUGUAUGGAAAUGUGCUGUCAUUAAGCCAAGUCUUAUAGUAGACGUCUUCCAGGUCGUAGUAGCGGCAAAUCGAGCUGUUUUGUCAAAGAAAUCAAAUAAUAUGGUGACUAAGACUGUAUAUUCGGAAAUACUAUAUAACUUGUCACUAACAAAAAAUAUCACCCAAAGCUUAAGUAAGUUUGGUAUUGAGAAGGACAAUAAUAUACUGAUAUGCUUUUUGGUUGACGGGGAAGAUGAAAGUGAGAGUAUAGUGAAGGAGAUACAAGGAGAAGCUUGUCCCAUCAGCGAGCUGAGGACUUUGACUAAUAUGAAAGAAGUAAAGAGCGUAUAUAAAUUAAAUAACAUCAAAACAGAAAUAGAUUACCUCGAUGUGAUUGUAAGCAGGAUGGUCACGAAAAACUUCGUCAGUCAUUAAACGCUUUGGGAUAUGAAUAAUAAAACAAACAAAUCA